GAAAUGCUAUUGAAGUAGGUUGCAUCUCUCGGAAUAACAUUGAAUCCUUUUAAAAAGGGAAACUGUUUCAUGAUAGUUUGUUUUGAUCUUUGAUGUUGUAUACUGUUAUCUCUUCAAAGGGAAAACACUUGAAAAACAGGCGAGGAUACCAAUGACUGAGAAAUACAAGUGGCGUACAUUUUAGGCUGACUGAAACAAAGGAUACCAUGUCUGAGGAGGCAGAAGAUUUAGCUUCCAUAAAGCGACAGCAAGCAGAAACUCGUCUGAGGCUCAACUUGGCAAAUAGACACAUUAGUACUUUAUACUCUCAGGUGCAAGAUCUAGAAGUGCAAUUCAAAACUGCAAUUAGACAUAAAAAACAUUCUGCAAGGUAUAAUUUGAGACAGAAAUUGGCAGUUAUAAUGGGUUUAAAAAUUGUGUAUUUGAACUACUGUUCUGCCAAGUCCCAAGAGUUGGAACAGCUGAAGGAAAAAAUUCAGGCUCUCAGUGGACGAGAUGAGGAAGCUAUGGACACUGAUGCCAAUGAAGAGGCUAAUUUAGGCAUUAUAGACAUGCCAAAUGUGGGGGAGCAUUGAAUAUUUUCUAGUAUGGUGAUCAUUGUGCUUGUCUUUUGGAAAAAAAAUCAGUAUUUUGAUUUCUAAGGAUUCUGUAAAGUAUGAGGUGAAGGUAUAAUAUUGAUCUUUAUAAUAUUUUGAAAACUUAGUGCUAGUAUAUAGACCAGACUUUUGUAAAGACCAUGGCAGAUUCAGAUAGUGAAUAUGAGGAGGAAGAAACCCUCAUUGCUGUAGAGUUGCAUGGUGUCAUAGACUCAGAAAUUUUCGCACAAGAUUCUUUCAACAAGUUUAAAAUUCUAGCUAUAGACUCUGAAAACCCUAUUUUACAAGUUGAGAACUUUGUUUUCACUGGAGGGUAUGAACAUGCAAUGGGGACAAAUGUCUUCUUUGAAGAAGAUGAUAAGAAGGUAAAGAAGUGUGACCCAGUGUUUUGCAAGAAACCAGCACGCAUGUUGAAAUAUGUAUGUAAAACUAGCAAGAAACUAAAUAUGAAGCGUGUGUUUGUUUCUGAAAAGGCCUCCGGAGAAGACAGCAACAUGCCUAGCACCAGUGAAAGUGAAACAUCAGCAGUUCCUGGUAGUAGUACUUCCAGCGUUUCAGAAAUUGAAAACAAUCCUCAAUCAGAGCAUAAUACUCAAUAACAUUAGUUGAAAGUGGUGAUGGGCUAUUUAUAUAAUUUUAAUUAUGUUAGCAAGGUUUUCUUUGUUUUAUUUCAGAGUGGAAGAUUUUUAUAAUGUAUUUUGGAGGUUUACAAGAUUAAAAUUACUCUGGUUAUGUUCUGUUAUUAUGUGCAAUUAUAAAUAGAACUAAUAUUGCUAAAAUUUUAUUAGCCUGUCUGUUGUAAUUCAUAAGCAGGGUACUUCUUUUAUGAAAAUUUUCUUACUGGACACAUCUGCUUUUUGUUUUACCAUGUAGAUACUAGUAAGUCUGGUUAUGGAUUAAUUACCAAUUACAGUAUAUAUAUAUUUAAGGAUCAGGUAAGAUAUUGCAGUUGAAAAUUUGUCUUUAUUGGUAAAACCUCUUAAUUGCUGUAUAUAGGCUUAUUAAACAACAGGUAUUUGUAUUGCUCUCAUUGCAUCAAGGUAAAGCACUCCAAUAGAUAAGUGUUAAAUUUUCAAGGUAUGCAAAAUUAAGUGCUUUAUUUUUACUCAAUCAUUCAUUAUCAUUGUAGUAAAUACUGUACAAGUAAUUUUAUUAAAAUGGUUCUCAGAUA